ACCUGCGUUCUGCUCCUGUUUUAGUUUCUAAUUUACGUAGAGUAAUUGAAAUUAGAUUGCGAGGAUCUCUUGUCUAUUUUUAUCCAGGCCGGGGGAAUGGAUCUUACGAAAAAGCUUCCAAAAAUCAAAGAUCAGGAGAAAGAGAGCAAGUUUGGAUAUGUGUUCGCUGUGUCUGGACCCGUGGUCACGGCGGAAAACAUGAGCGGGGCUGCCAUGUACGAACUGGUUCGUGUAGGACACAGUGAACUAGUUGGAGAGAUAAUCCGCCUUGAAGGAGAUAUGGCCACAAUCCAAGUUUAUGAGGAAACCUCUGGUGUAACAGUUGGUGAUCCUGUGCUUAGAACUGGAAAACCUCUCUCUGUUGAAUUGGGUCCAGGUAUCCUAGGAAGUAUUUUCGAUGGAAUUCAGAGACCACUGAAGGACAUUAAUGAAAUGACAGAGAGUAUUUAUAUUCCUCGUGGUGUCAACACUGAGGCUCUAAAUCGUAGUGUUUCCUGGGAUUUCAAACCUGAAAGAUUCAAGAUUGGAGACCACAUAACAGGAGGGGAUCGGUUUGGGAUUGUACAUGAAAAUACUUUACUGAACCAUCGCCUUAUUCUUCACCCCAAGGCUAGGGGAACUGUCACCUAUAUUGCACCUCCAGGAAACUACAAUAUUACUGAUGUUGUGAUGGAGACAGAAUUUGAUGGAGAAAAGACCCAGCAUACUAUGUUGCAGAUUUGGCCUGUGAGACAAAUGAGACCUGUUUCAGAGAAGCUGGCAGCAAACUACCCCCUGUUAACAGGACAAAGAGUUCUUGAUGCUCUUUUCCCGUGUGUUCAAGGAGGAACCACAGCCAUCCCAGGAGCCUUUGGUUGUGGUAAAACUGUUAUCUCCCAGUCCCUCUCCAAGUUUUCCAACUCUGAUGUUAUCAUCUAUGUUGGAUGUGGGGAAAGAGGAAAUGAGAUGUCUGAAGUAUUGAGAGAUUUCCCUGAGCUCACUGUUGAGAUCGGCGGAGUAACUGAGUCCAUCAUGAAGCGCACAGCCCUCGUGGCCAAUACGUCAAACAUGCCUGUAGCUGCCAGAGAAGCUUCUAUUUACACGGGUAUAACGCUGUCGGAAUAUUUCCGUGACAUGGGUUAUAACGUGAGUAUGAUGGCUGACUCUACAUCUCGUUGGGCUGAGGCUCUUCGUGAGAUAUCUGGUCGUUUGGCCGAAAUGCCUGCAGAUAGUGGCUACCCAGCCUAUCUCGGGGCCCGACUGGCCUCUUUCUACGAGCGAGCUGGCCGUGUUCAAUGCCUGGGUAACCCACAGAGGGAGGGUAGUGUCACAAUUGUUGGUGCAGUAUCUCCUCCCGGUGGAGAUUUCUCAGAUCCUGUAACUUCUGCUACACUGGGUAUUGUUCAGGUGUUUUGGGGUUUGGACAAGAAGCUUGCCCAGAGGAAGCAUUUUCCAUCCAUCAACUGGCUGAUCAGUCAUAGUAAAUACAUGAGAGCUUUAGAUGAUUUCUACGAGAAAAACUACCCCGAGUUCGUGGCGCUCAGAACAAAAGUCAAAGAAAUUCUGCAAGAAGAAGAAGACUUAUCAGAGAUUGUACAGCUUGUAGGAAAGGGUUCAUUAGCUGAGGCAGAUAAGAUCACUCUGGAAGUAGCCAAGCUGAUCAAAGAUGACUUUUUACAGCAGAAUGGUUACUCAUCGUACGAUCGUUACUGUCCGUUUUACAAGACUGUUGGAAUGCUUUCUAACAUUGUAGCAUUUUACGAUGCGGCACGGCAUUCUGUGGAGGCCACCGCCCAGUCCGAUAACAAGAUCACGUGGGCAGUCAUUAAAGAGAAUAUGGGUCAGAUUAUUUACCAGUUGUCAAGUAUGAAGUUUAAGGACCCUGUCAAAGAUGGCGAGAGCAAGAUAAAGGCGGAUUUUGCAGAACUCAACGAGCAAAUGCAACAAGCUUUCCGUUCUCUGGAGGAUUAGGAAAUUUCUUUACUCUUGAAAUAUGGACAAUAACUUAUCAUUAAUUAUCACGUACAGAACUAAUAUGGACAAAGAAAACAAGAAACUAAAGCCGAAAAUUUGUUCAACGAAAAAGAAAUGGUCAUAAUUCAUAUUUACCGCAUUUACAAACUCUUGAUUCAUCAGAGUAGCCCCUUUGGAAUGAUUAAUAAUGAUAUGGUGGGGCAACCAAAUGUUGAAAGAAACAUGGAAGAUGUGCCUGUCAAUCUCACUCAAUUUAAUUGAGGAAUUAUUGCUUCAAUAACGACUUCCAUAGCUAAAAAUUGUGUGAUCAAUGGAUAUUUGAUCGCAAAUAUUAAUUUUCUCACCAGUGAGGACUUCUCUUUUUACCUCUGAUGAAAUGUAUUAGUUGUAAGCCAAUUUCCAUUCAGCGUUAUUUUCUUUUUCUUUCAAUGUGUCAUGUUUUGACUUUUCUCAUGUCUUGUUAAAGUGAGGAAAUUCACAUCCAAAUUAAUGUAAUCGUUGUGCUUCAGACCUUGCUUAAAUGAAUGAGAAUGGGAAACUCGGAAACAGUGGAGUCCAGCCAGCAGCUUUAAAUCAACAUAAGCUUCAUCAUCAGAGCGAGGCUUGAAACAUACUUGAGAAUCUUGCUUUCGGACAAGUAUUGCAGAUUAAUAGUUUAAAACAAAAUACCUAUCGAAUAGUAACACAAGCAGCAGCAUUUGUUUUGUUCGUUAAUUCUUUAUUCUCGUUCUUUCGAUGCGUAGUUUAGGUGCACAGCAUUUAACUUUCUGAAGAGUGGGAAACCAGACAUGCUACAUACAAUUUAC